AUGGACACUGGCAAUAUGGAAACGGACCAAUUGGAAUCAUCGCAAUCUUUGAUCGAGCCAACAUCGCAAUUCGAUUCGAGAUCAAUCAAUUUAACUAUUACUACUUCUGCAUUGGACGCUCCUACAGCGCCUUCGCCUGUGUCCAGGAGCGUGGCAGUAGAAAUAGACGAUCGUUAUGACACAAGUCAUCCAAACCGCGGACUAGCGAUUAUCAUCAACCAAGUGAAGUUUAAUGGAAUGGCGGAACGAGAGGGUAGUGAUAAGGAUCGUGAUAGUAUAAGCUCGGUGUUGAGCGAAAUCGGGUUUGAUGUGCGCGAGAUCGAGGAUCUAAAGAAAAGGAAGCUUCUUGCCAUGCUAAAAUCGAUUGCUAGUGAAGACCAUUCCAAGAACGAUUGCCUGGUAGUGGUUGUGAUGACACACGGGAAGAAGAACAAUCGUUUAUACGCGAGAGACAAGUGCUACAAAGCGGAUAAAUUGUGGGAACCUUUUAUUGGCGAUGCGUGUCCAUCGCUGCUUGGAAAACCGAAGCUGUUUUUCAUACAGGCUUGCAGAGGUAAAAAGCUGGAUACUGGCUCUAGGAUAAAGCGUAUGGUUGCGGAGGUUUUACCAUUACCGGUGGCAGAGCCAGUACCGAUAAAUUACGUCAUACCUACUAUGGCCGAUCUGCUAGUAAUGUACUCUACCUGUGAUGGGUAUUACGCAUGGCGCAAUACGGACAACGGAUCUUGGUUCAUUCAAUCGCUCAGCAUGGAGCUUGUAGUGAAGGCCCACCGCCAGGAGCUUCUGCACAUCCUUACUGGAGUUUCGCGAAGGGUCGCAUAUCAGUAUCAAUCGAACGUUCCCGGAAACCGAGCACUUGAUGCAAUGAAACAGAUGCCGUGCAUAAAGUCAAUGCUCACGAAGCUACUGUAUUUCCCAUCGCAAAAUUGCAAACCGGACCGUUCUCCCAUGGCAGUGGCAGAAUGUCCGGCUACGUCAUAA